UUUCUGUUACACUUGACCGUUAAGGCCUUCCCCAUCGUCUUCAACACUAGUUCACACCAUGCUGCUUCGCCGGAACCUCUCCCCCAAACCCUUCUCUCUCCUCCACUCAAUCACCGCCGUCCCCUUCUCCACCUCCACCUCCGCCGUCGAUUUCCUCCACUCCUACAUCGUCACCCCUCCGAUCGAAAACUGGCCCCACCACCUCCACCCAAAGCGCCUCAUCACCCGCGAGCCCAAACUCGACCUCGCCCUCCAAAUCUUCCACCACGCCUCCAAAUACCACCCCGGAUUUCACCAUAAUUACCACGCCAUCAUCCGCCGCCUCCUCCGCUCCCGCGCUUUUCACCUCAUCGACCCCCUCCUCUCCGACCUCCGCAGCUCCAAUCUCCGAUGCAGCGAGGACCUCUUCAUCUCCCUAAUCCGCAACUACGGCGUCGCUUCACGCCCCAAACUCGCAUUCAAGACAUUUAUCACCAUUCCGAAAUUCGGCGUCCAACGAUCCGUGAGGUCCUUGAAUGCUUUGCUGAACGCUUUGGUUCAGAAUCACGAGUACAGAUUGGUGCACUCGGUGUUUCGGAACUGUAGGGAGAGGUUCGGGGUGGCGCCGAAUGUGUUUAGUUGUAAUAUAUUGAUCAAAGCAUUGUGCAAGAGAAAUGAUUUAGAGACUGCACACCAGGUGCUCGACGAAAUGCCUGCGAUGGGAUUUGUGCCCAAUGUGGUGACUUUUACUACCAUUUUGGGUGGUUAUGUGUCGCGGCGCGAUAUGGUUGGUGCCAAGAGGGUGUUUGGAGAGAUUUUGGACAGAGGGUGGUGUCCUGAUGUGACUACUUAUACCAUAUUGAUGGAUGGGUAUGUGAAGCAGGGGAAGCUGGUUGAGGCUAUUAAGGUCAUGGAUGAGAUGGAGGAUAAUGGGGUUGGCGCCAAUGAGGUUACUUAUGGGGUUAUGAUUGAAGCUUAUUGUAAGGAGAAGAAGUCGGGUGAAGCGGUUAAUUUGCUUGAUGAUAUGGUGGAGAAGAGGUAUAUACUGAGCUCGGCACUCUGUUGUAAGGUGAUUGAUGUUUUUUGUUGCGAAGGGAAGGUGGAGGAUGCUUGUGAACUGUGGAAAAGGCUUUUGAAGAAGAAUUGCACUCCGGAUAAUGCAGUAUUGGGCACACUCAUAUACUGGCUUUGUAAGAAAGGAGAAGUGUGGAAAGCCAGGAAAUUGUUUGAUCAGUUUGAGACGAGUGAGCCUCCAGAUGUCAUGACUUACAACGUGCUUAUUUCUGGAAUGUGUGAAGUGGGGGAGUUGUGUGAGGCAGGGAGGUUGUGGGAUGACAUGGUGGAGAAAGGUUAUUCUCCGAAUUCUUUUACAUAUAAUGUAUUGAUCAAAGGAUUCUGUAAGAUUGGAAAAGAAAAGGAGGGAAUUAGGAUUUUAGACGAGAUGUUCGAAAAAGGCUGUUUGCCAAACAAGUCUACUUAUGCUAUGUUGAUUGAGGGGCUCUGUGACUCAGGAGAGGAAGCUGAAAUCACUAGAGUAAUAUCUAUGGCAAUGUCAUGUGGAGACAUUGACAGUGAUUCCUGGGAUCUUUUCCUUACAAAGGUUGUUGGUGAUUUGGAUUCUGGGGAAAGUGUUCUAAACAGAAUACUGCUGGAGAAUGCUGAUUAGAGCCCCAGACCUUGUGGCCUUGGCAUAUACUGACCUUGAUCUCAACCACAAUGUUUCUCAGGUGUUCCUUAUUGGAGUCAAGUCUUCAGGACCCAAGAUGGGCACUGAUGGUGGAUAUUGGAAGGGAUGGUCGAGCAUGCUGAUGUCUGGGUUUAAGACUACCUCUUUGUAAUGUGUAAGAUAUUUCACGUUUUUUGCAAAUGCUACGACUUGUUUUAAUCAACUGGUUUCUACCUACCCCGGAUCAUUGAUGCUUGUUUUAAUCCUGUGCCCAGACCAUACUUCACGAGACGCUGACCCAUAAAAGCAUUACCCAGUGUUAAUAAGAGAGCAAAUUGGCGCAUAUGUGGGUUGUGAUCAUAGCAUUAGAGAAGAACUGGGAGCGUGUUUGGACAAAGGAAAUUAUGGAAGUGUACGUUUGCUCUAAUAGGGUUGUUUUUAUGUAUCACAAGGACGUUGACCCGUAAAAGUAAUGUGAAGGGUUGAC